AUGGCGUACCAAUCGCCACAAUAUGGCCAGCCACCUGGUAAUCCUCAACAGCAAUUCAACCCAAAUCAACAGUUUCAGCAGAAUGGAUUCCCUCAGCCAGGCCAGCAGAAAACUGUUCAAGCUCCUGGAGGCUUCCCUCCUCAGCCUGUUCCACAGCAACAACCAAACGGAGGUUUCUAUCAGAAUGGUGCUGCUAAUGGGACACAAUCCUACGCACAACCACCGGGACCAGUUCCUCAAUUGACUCAGUCUGUACAAAGCAUGUCAUUGGGUCCAAGAGCUUCACCUGCGCCACAACUUGGUCAACCGGCACAGCAAAUGGGAGGAUAUCCUGGAGCACCAACGGCUGUCCCACCACAAGCACAAUUUCCGGGACAACAGACACCGCAGUUUAAUGGACCACCUCAAAAUGCUUCACAAAUUUCUCAAGCUCCACCAUCCAACACGGCACCCCAACAAGCUCCAAUACCUGUUCAAAAUUCGACAAGUAGUGGGUCGUCAGUUAAUCAAAUGCCGACAGCACCCAGUUUCCAUGGAGGGCCACCACAAACUGGAGUUCCAGGAGGACCAGGAGGACCAGGAGCUCCUCAACCACCACAUCAAAUUCAGCAACCAGCUUCAUUGCGACCACAAGCUCCAGGAUAUCCACCAGCUCCGGGAGUGCCAAACUUCCAACCUGGCGUAGCACCUUCGCAACCCACCCCAAAUAAUUACCCAGGAAUGCCGCAACCGACUCCUGGAAAUUAUCCUGGAGCUCCAGCCGCGGGACUUCAACAAGGUCCUCAAGGCAACUAUCCAGGUGCACAACCUGCUACACAACAAGGAGCUCCUAGAGGUUUUCCUCCUGGGCCAAGUCCUCCAGGGGCUUUCCCACCAGUACCAGGAGCGCCUUCAAAUUUCCCACCAGGAGGUCCUGCCAUGCCCGGAGCUUUCCCACCAGCUCCUCAAGGUCCAUCCGCCUUUCCACCAGGAGCAUCAGGAGCAUACCCGCAAGGUCCUAAUGUACCAGGACAAUAUCCGCAAGUACCCGGAGCAGCUGGUACGUUUCCACAGGGACCUGGAGUUCCUGGCGGCUUUCCACAAGCUCCCGGAGCUCCGGGAAUGCCUGGAAUGCCUGGCGGUUAUCCCGGGGGUCCACCUCAACAGAGACAGCAGAGACUUGAUCCAAACAUGAUGCCUAGUGCAGUUCAAGUGAUUGAUGAAGAUUCCGCUCGCUCCGGAAUAUUUCCAACAGGAUAUCCGCAUGCUGAGCUACCUCCUCUCGUUUCCACUUUUUCAUUUGCCCAAGAUCAAGGCAACUGUAAUCCGAAGUUCAUGAGAUCAACAUUGUACACAGCCCCUCAGACCAACGACAUCCUGAAAGCUUCUCAGAUUCCUCUCGCUGUCGUCAUUUCACCAUUCGCUCCAUUGAACGAAUAUGAGGUAAAGGAACCACCAGUUGUUGAUUUGGGACCACAGGGUCCAAUUCGUUGUCAACGUUGUAAAGCAUACAUUUGUCCAUUCAUGGAAUUCCAAGAUGGUGGCCGUUCCUUCCGAUGCCCAUUCUGUCAUGCUCGAACCUCUGUUGAAGAUGCGUACUUUGCUCAUCUCGAUCAUACAGGAAGACGUACCGAUAUUGAAAUGAGACCUGAAUUGUGUCUAGGAGCGUAUGAUCUUGUUGCCACAAAACAGUACUGCAAGAACGGACUGGCUCCAAAAGAACCUGCAUUCAUUUUCAUGAUCGACGUUUCGUAUAAUGCGCUUUCAAACGGAAUGUUGCCAAUUUUAUGUCAGAAUUUGGAAAAAGUUCUUCGUAAUCUUCCGAGAGAAACUGGACAACUCGAGUCAUCGAUUCGUGUUGGAUUAGCAACUUUUGACCAAGCUGUUCACUUUUUCGAUAUUUCUUCAGCUUCUCCCAAGAUGCUUGUCAUGUCGGAUGUUCUCGAGCCUUUCGUACCGAUGGUGGAUGGACUUCUUCUUCCGUACAACGAUGCCCUCCCAGGACUUCGAGCUGCUCUUGCUGAAAUUCCGAAAAUUUUCGCCCAGUCUAAGACGACAGAGACGAUUCUUCAACCGGUAGUUCAAGCUGGUCUUGAUGCUUUGAAGUGUGCUGAUCGUGCCGGAAAACUCAUUGUUUUUUCGACUGUACUUCCAACGUUUGAUGCACCCGGAAAACUCAAAUCGAAAAAUGAUCGCUCUUUACUCGGAACUGACAAGGAAAAGACAGCACUCGUUCCACAAGAAGAAUCAUACACGAAACUAGGAGAACAAUGCGUCAAAUCCGGUGUAACUGUUGAUAUGUUCCUUUUCCCGAAUGCUUUCAUCGACGUCGCUACCAUUGGACAACUUUCCGCAGUUACUGGUGGCUCUGUAUUCAAGUUCCAGUACUUUUCGGCCGAUAAAGAUGGUGUUCGUAUGUUGAACGAACUGGAAAGACAUGUGUCCAAAAAAAUUGCUUUCGAUUGUAUGGCAAGAGUUCGAACAUCUACUGGCAUCCGUCCAAUCACUUUCUCUGGUUCUUUUUAUAUGGAGAACUCUACGGAUUUGGAGUUAGCAACCAUUGAUGAAAGCAAAGCAUUUAUCACAGAAAUCAAACACGACGAUACUUUGAAGGAUCAAGCUUCCCUAAUUCAAACAGCUGUUUUGUACACUUCGAUGACUGGUCAACGACGUCUCAGAAUUCUCAACAUGUGCCUUCCUGUCACAGCAGACUAUAAUCAAGUGUACAAACUCGCGGAUCCUGAAGCUCUCACGACUUUCAUGCUAAAACAGGCUGUUCAACUCAACCGCGACAGGGGUAGCUCCGAAAUGAAGGAAUCGCUUUCAUCACGAUGUGCACAGUUUUUGGCAACGUAUAGAGAAAAAUGCAGUGAAGGUGCUCCUCUUGGACAGUUGAUUCUUCCCGAAUCGCUGAAACUGAUGCCACUUUAUGUGAACUCAAUUCUCAAAAAUGAUGCGAUUAGUGGUGGAAGCGAAAUGACUGUUGACGACAAAGUUUGGCAAAUGGAACUGAUACGUGGAAUGCGAACGGAAGAUGUGAUGCCUCUCAUUUACCCAAGAGUGAUGCCUGUUUCGGACCUGAGAUUGAACGAUGGAGAAGAAAUGGAAGAACUUCCGAAGCCAGUCAGAGCUGGUUCUGAUUUCCUAGACAAUUCUAAAGCGUAUAUCAUCGAUAAUGGUAUUGUUUUGUUCGUUUGGGUUGGUGCUUUGUGCCCACAGCAAUGGAUUCAAGAUGUGUUCGGAGUUGGAGCUGCAAACCAAAUUGACACCGAAAGUGGUACAAUACCUGAAAAAGACAAUUCUCAUUCGCGGGCCCUUCGUCGAGCAAUUCAGUGUUUGCCGCGCGGAAUCCGACAACGGAAAACAUUUGUUGUAGUUGAGAAGACUGGCUUAGAACCGUGGAUGAAGAAGUUCUUGGUUGAAGACAAAUCUGGAGCCUCAAAUAUGUCAUACGUGGAUUAUCUUGUGGAUAUCCAUCGCAAGAUUCGUGAUCUUAUUUCCUGA